GCCGGAGCCGGAGACGGAGCCGCGCUUAACCCCAGAGUUGGCUGCAGCUGGUGCAUCUCGCUGGCCCCCGGGAAGCUCAGGGUCUAGCCUCCAGGCACUUGGCCUCACUUUGCCUAUCUGUAAAAUGGGUCUGUAACAGCGCACAGCUCUUCUAACAGUCUUCCUGCUGCGUGGGUGAGAGGUUGGUGAGAGGCUUCCUCCAUGGGCCCGCAGAUGGGAGGCCUGCUCAGGAGGUGGAAGGAGUUGCUUUCCCAAGUGCCGACCCACGCCGGGCCAGGGCAGCGCUGCCGCCAGGUGCACCACGAUGGCUCCACCAGACCCAGGCGAGUGGUUCUGUCCCAGCUCUUCCAGCCUUUCAAUCUUUGGGAGGACCACGCAGCGGACCUGGAAAGCAAACCUGGUGACUUGACUUGCAGGAGCCAGAAGCUGAUGCUGCAGGCUGGCCUGAUCUGCCCUGCCCAGAAUGGCUGCUAUUACUACAUGCCCUACACCGUUCGAGCGAUGGAGAAGCUCAUCCAGGUGAUCGACCGAGCGAUGCAGGGUAUUGGAGGGCAGAAGCUCAACAUGCCCAGUUUAAACUCUGCGGAGCUCUGGAGAGCCAGCGGGCGGUGGGAUAUAAUGGGCAAGGAGCUCUUCAGACUGGCAGACAGACACAAUCAGGAGUACUGCCUGGGGCCCACGCAUGAAGAGAUCGUUACACAUUUGGUUGCCUCGCAAGCAGCCUUGUCCUACAGGCAGCUUCCCCUCCUGCUGUACCAGAUAACGAGGAAGUUUCGGGACGAACCAAAGCCUCGCUUUGGUUUGCUGCGCAGCAGGGAGUUCUACAUGAAGGACAUGUACACAUUCGACACCUCCGAGAAGGCUGCUCACCAGACCUACAGCCUGGUGUGUGACGCCUACUGCAGCGUGUUUAACCGCUUGGGGCUUAGCGUCUUAAAAGUCCAAGCAGACACGGGCAGCAUUGGAGGGACCAUGUCUCAUGAGUUCCAGCUCCCGGCCAGCACUGGAGAGGACAGGCUUGUGGUCUGCCCAGGCUGCAACUUUUCUGCCAAUGCAGAAACGAUAAACUUUGACCUGACCGACUGCCCGGUUUGUUACAGAAAACUAACAGAGACCAAAGGGAUUGAGGUCGGGCAUGCGUUCUAUCUGGGCACCAAGUAUUCCUCUGUUUUUAAUGCUACCUUCCAAGAUGCCGAAAGCAAACGUGUGCUGGCGGAAAUGGGCUGUUAUGGACUGGGCGUCACUCGGAUUCUGGCUGCUUCUGUCGAGGUGCUUUCUACAGAAGACAGAAUCCGUUGGCCAAGCCUCAUUGCCCCUUACCAGGUCUGCCUCAUACCCCCGAAGAAGGGCAGCAGGGAAGAGGUGGGAGUGGCGCUGAUGGAGAGCUUGUAUGAUGAUAUUGCUGAUGGCGUGCCUCAGGUUAAAGGGGACGUGAUACUGGAUGACAGGAUUCACUGGACUAUUGGUAAAAGACUGAAAGAUGCUAACAUGCUUGGUUACCCAUACGUUGUAAUAGCUGGGAAGAAAGUUCUGAAUACACCUGCUGAGUUUGAAGUCUGGAGUCAGAACACUGGAGAGGUCUCGUUCCUUACUAAAGAAGGUGUUAUUGAAUUGUUAAGUAAAGUGCAAGUUCCCUAAA